GGGGUGGCCGGGGUCCGACGCCAUGGAGGCUCUUCGAGGACGAGGAAGUAGACAGCGACGACAACUUUGAGGCCGGCGGGGGCGCCGUCUCCGCGUUCGAUGGUCGGGGUCCAACGCGGCCGCCGUUGGCUCCAUCCCCUACAGUUAUCAUGCAGAUAAGAGAACCAAAAACUACCACAUUGAUAUCUGCUUCAGGAAAAAUGGUUUGCACUGGAGCAAAAAGUGAACAGCAAUGUAAACUCGCAGCUAGAAAGGUCAAAUAUUUGACGAUGUUUUCUUCUCCCAACCUGGCAAGGAGUAAGAAGUCAGUUGGAGUGAGAAGUGAGACAAGUACCAUGAGCUCAAGUGAUUCAUUCACCAAGCUGGUAAACGCAUAAACUUCAAAAAAAUCAUCUCAAUAAGUUUUGGUUGGCUGAUAGCUUGCAAGAUCUUCAUAUUCUACAUAGAAGGUGCAGUGUGAUGUGAUGCAUAUGGAACUGGUAUUACUUUGCAGUAUGGAACUGGCGGUGGGUGUAUGAAAUGUGAUGGCAGUAACAUUAUACCUAAUUUCUUAUUAGUUCA